UAUGGAGUUUUUUGGUUCCCUUUCAGAUGUCGCUCUUGCAGCAAGUGUCUCACUGGCCCCACCUCGGACGCUUCUGGUUACCGAGCUGCGGGGUCUUUCUGAGGCGGGAAACAGGCCGGAACACCAGCCUCGGCCCCAGGCUGGGUGUCGGGGACGCGCGGGAGCGGCGCCCGCGGGGCCUCCUUACCUCAGGUGGUCGCAGGGCCACACGCGGGUCCGCGGGGCCCCCGGCCCCCCCGCCCCGCCCCGCCCCGCGCGUGCGCUGCAGAGGCCGCGGCUCCUCUGCCCACGGGGCCUGUCCCUCUGCUUUAAUAAAGCCCCCUGUUUGCACCAAAGACGUCUCAGGAGCGCUCUCCUGGCCGCCUGCCGCGAGCCCGCUCCAGAUCUCGGCCCCCCGCCCCCCGCAAGUCUCCAUGACCCCAGGGGGCGUCCGGAGACGGCCCCCCGCUUCACCGCAAGCUAGGACGCAGCUCGCCCGCGAGCAGAAGGGCGGAGGGUGCGUGCAGCGCGGGCUGGGAGGCCCGUGUCCCUGGGGAGCCGGGUGCGUCACCCCUGACCCGGAAGCUCUCUGCCGCCCUCGCGUUCGGGACCUUUGCGAGGUCAUGUGA